AUGGCAGACGUACAACUUCAAUCCCACGAGCUAGACACAAGAGAUGAUGACAACACUGUGGUUCUGUCUGACGUCGUCAACCGUGUAAACGAACCCAUCGUUUACUCAAACACCGACCUUAUUGCGGAUGUCAGUCGUCUAUCGAUAUCCGAAAACAACGUCUAUAGCGGCGAUGUAGCGCAAAACAAUUUGCCCUGUUUGAAUUCUAUAUCGUCGUCGACAUCCUCAUCGUCGUCUAGUCAAUGUAAGGCGUCGUGUUCGUCUAGUGAUGUAAAUAAUAGCGACCUAGCCCAGGGCUUACAACAAAUUGAUGGUGUCAAAUAUGUUUGUUAUAAAAACGAGCAACAAAUGAAAGAUAUUAUGCGGUUAAUACAAAAAGACUUAUCUGAACCGUAUUCGAUCUACACGUACCGCUAUUUCAUACACAAUUGGCCUAAACUGUGUUUUCUUGCUGUAGAUGUAGAUAAAAGUGUCGGAGCAAUUGUGUGCAAGUUAGAUGCACACAGGAAAGUUAGAAGAGGUUAUAUUGCAAUGUUGGCAGUGGAUGAAAAUUACCGAAAACAGCAUAUCGGUUCUAACUUAGUAUUGAAUGCAAUUGAAGCCAUGGUGAAUGAUGGAGCUGAUGAGGUUGUGCUUGAAACAGAAAUCACUAAUAAACCAGCAUUAAAAUUAUAUGAAAACUUAGGUUUUGUUCGAGAUAAACGACUAUUUUGCUACUAUUUGAAUGGUGUGGAUGCCUUACGUUUAAAAUUAUGGCUCAGAUAA